UCUGACACCACACACUCUGGUCUGGUACAACAGGACGUCCUCAGGGCUGUUCUCAGCAACUUCAUAUUUCCCAUGAACCUUCAGUCCUUACAAAAGCUGACCAGCCGCUAUGGAGUGAGAGCAACAGGACCAGUGAGGUGGAAACACUUCUUGGGCCACUUCAUGAGACCAGUCAGUGAGGAAGAAUCCACACGUCUUCACAUGGACAGGACCUCUGAGCCGCCUGCCCCAAAUAAAGAUGACAUGAAUCUUCAGGAUAUAUACCCACGGCUGAAAGAGAUCUUCCAUCUGUUGGACACGAAAACAGACGAUUCGAUCACCCGGGCAGACCUACGACAUUUGCUGCAGAGGUCAGGUGGGACUCAGCCAAACAACCCCCAGCCUCGCCUUUCCUAUUCACAGAUCACAGAAGUACUGAAUGUACUAGACCCAGGACACACUGGGUUUGUCCAGUUCUCCACCCUGGAGACACUCGAUCCCAACACCACCUUUGUAUCCACGGGAAACUAUCAGGCACUGGUCUCUCUUGCUAAUACUGCAGAGCCCGGAGAGACUAAAGACACAGCUUCAAACUCUGAGGAGCAAAAACCUCCAGAUGAGAAGCACAGCACACAGUGGGCUGAUAAAGUAUCUCUGGCAUCUGCUUCAUGGAGAACAGUGGAGAAUGUGCUGUUGGACAAGCUGUAUGAACAGCUCAGUUCAGUCCUGGAAGCUCUGAAGUUGAGUGACCCUCAGCGAACCGGUUACAUCAAAAAGGAAGAUCUGAAGAAGGUCUUAAACCGCUUUGGCGCAAGUAUCUCAGACGCAGACUUCAACAAACUGUGUGAGUCCAGCUGUCGACCUGGCAGCUCCUCUACACUGGUUUCAUACAGUGACUUUCUAACAAACCUGGGAGUAUCACUAACAGAUGAAGUACACCCAGUCUCACCUUGUUGCUCCCACAUGAGGAACCACCACACUGAGAGGCCCUCACCUCAGUUGACCGUGCAGUCAGUCAGAGGACUACCAUCGCCUUCCAGCCCACCUGUCAGCCCAGAUGCCCACAGUGUUCUGGACGUUGUUUUCAAGAGGAUGAGACUGAGAUUAGAGCAACGUAACAGCAGUCUGACCGACCGCAUACAGGUCAUCACCCAGAGCUCUGACGGUACGCUGACAGAGGCAGAUGUACGGAAGAUACUAGAGGACGGCUGGGUCAUCCUGGACGAUAACAGCUUCAACAAGUUCACUGAACUGCUUGGCCUCAUUGAUGGACAGAUCGAGCGCUCUGUGUUCCUGGCGAAGUAUGAGGAGGUUGCAGCCAGAGCCAGAUCACAGAGCUGGGAAGUUCAGGAUGAUAAGGACCAGGUCAAAGUCCUGCUGACUUCUGCAGAGCAGUGCAUGGCUGCCAUGAAGACCAGGAUCAAGAAACUGUUUGGGGACAAUCUGACAGCGUUUCGCCUGAUGGACAAGAAACGUCGAGGAAUUGUUGACUCCCACGAUUUCAAAGCUCUUUACAGUCGCCUAGGAUUUUUCUGCAGCGAGGACGAGUAUGAGAGGCUGCUGGAUCUGAUUGGACUGCAGCCAGGGGGAAACCUCAACUUUACAGAAUUUGUCGAGGCUGUCGAAAAUAGUGGCAAACGCAAACGGGGAACGCCAGCAGCUUUUGUGCAAGAGCAACUCCAUCAACUUCUGGCCUCUGAGGCGCGCAACAAGUGGGCAAGUGUGUCAAAGACACUGUGUAAGUUCGACACUGAAGGCCAGGCUUGGAUCCAUAAAGGAAGCUUGAGGGGACUGUUGUUCACCUACGCUCUCCCUAUAAGCCCGGAUGAGUUUCAACAGCUUUGGUUGAGAUAUGACCCAGAGGGGCGGGGCUGUGUAUCAGUUUGUGACUUCCUUGAAAAGCUUGGAUUUCAUCACGAUGGAGAAACAAGACCCCAAAGUCAAAACGUUAACCAGCAAGAUUCUGCCAGACCAGUUUCAUCUGAUGCUUCCUCACUGGAGCACAUCGAGCAGAUUUUGCAGGAAAACUACAAGGGCUUUAGCAAUGCCCUGACCCACCUGGGAACGAGGAGAGACGGCACAGUGACAGUGAAGGACCUGCUGAACCUGUUACAGACGUACAACUGCUCCAUCCAACGAGAACAGCUUGUAAAUCACCUCCACAGGUUCAAGGUGGCAAUGGACGAUGACUGCCUGAGGCUAUCUUACAUGGACUUUCUGUCAGCGUUUGACCAUAAAGUAGAGAAAAAACCUGACCCCCCUCCUGCUUCCCCAAAUGCAAUGCAUCCAAUAGAAUCUUUGGAAAGCCUCAGUCCAGCUCGGGCUCUGGAGAGGAUGCAGGAAUUAGUCAGUGCCUCAGCCCCAUAUCUGUAUAAGGCCUUCUCAGCCUUCGACCAGAGUGAAACAGGAACAGUCAGAGCUCUGGACUUUCGUAAAAUACUGGAGAAUUUUUGUGCCCGACUGUCAGACAAACAGUACAAACACAUGCUGACUAAACUGGAGCUGAACUGUGAGAGCUGCACCGUGAACUGGAAGAACUUCCUCAACAAUUUUCAGUCACAGAGACAAUUGAUUUCAGAAAAGUGUUUGAGUAGGACCAGUCAGAGAAGCCCCAAAACCAGAACCCCUGACCCCCAGACCAGAAGCUGUGGAACAAUUGAAGUCUGGAAUGAAAUAUCCAAAACCAUAACAGACCUGGACGGCAUCACAAUCUCUAAAGAGCAGUUCAGACAGCUUUGUGAACGCCACUGUCUCGGUCUCACAAACGAUCAGCUGGAGUGUGUGUGGAAUCAGAUGCCUGUGAAUGAGCAAGGGCAGCUACAGCACAAAGAGUUUGUGAAGUGCUUUGGUGCGCUGGGCAGGACCCCCCAUACUGGAGCAGGAAGUCUCACAAACAGCAACCCACCCCCUUCCUCAGAGUCCAGAGAGACAGGCUCCGCAACAAAACCAUGCUGCCAAAAUACUACAGGUGCACUUCUGCAACGCACUAAGUCUGCCCCCCAGAGCACCCCGAGGCGACCGCCCUCAUUAGGAAGGCCGGGAACGGGAAACCCACUGGCCAGCGUGGAGAGAAGGCUGCGGAUGGCAGUGCAACGCUGCUGGAAAGAGAUACAGAGAAGCUGCAGCAAGAAAGAUCCUCAACAAGAGGGACAGAUCAGCGCCAUCUCCUUCCUGGAAAUCCUCCACUCUCUCAACAUCGUUCUAACUUGGGAGCAGCUCGACCACCUGGCUUUAAAGUUUGACAUCAUGAACAACAGCCAAGUUUCAUACAAGAACUUCUUACAUCACUUUCUCCUGAACCUGAGACCAGAAGAAAACAAGAAAGCAUUUGAGCGACGCAAACUUCCUCGUCUUAGCUCACAGAUGAGCCAGGGCGUUCUGAGCACAGACUUUGUGGAGGUAAUGCUGAGAAUGUACGAGGCGGUUCGCUCAUCCUGGACCUCCAUCAGACGCAGCUUCCUGGCUUCUGACCGCAACCGCAUGGGAAGUGUCUCAGUUCAGGUCUUCAGGAAGGUGCUCCUGCAUUUCGGUGUCAACCUGUCAGAGGAAGAGUUCUUCCACCUCACUUCUUAUUUCGAUGCCAGCACUACAGGGAAGAUCUGCUACAACAGCUUCCUCUGGGCGUUCUUACACUAACUUUCACUGUGAUGCCUGCAGCAUCAGCAGCCAGCAUGGCAGCGGUGCCCCACGAGGCCCAAAAUCCCAGCUUCCUUGAGUAAAAAAUUAAUUGCAGUUGAUUUAAAUUGUAAGUUUGUU